AUGAACUAAGUCAAAACACUAUAUGAAGACCCAAAUUGCUUUUAAAUCCUUUUAUGGAAAAGAAGUGAUUCCGACCAUAGAGUUUAUUCCUACACAGAUAAUGAUUACGAUACAUUGGUUUAAGAAGAGAACAAACUAAAUGGAACAGCUGGAUGCCGAGCUAUAUAGAAGUCCUUCCCUGUCUAACAAAAACUAAGAAUGGGAUUACCAGCAGAUGAAAAAAUAUUUUAUACUGAUCUGAUUAUCUUACAAAAUAGAGCUUUGAUUAUCAGAAAUGACUUCACUCUAUAAGAAAUAAAUUUAUCGGAGAAUCAAUUCAUUAAGACCAUUUAAUAAAAAAAAAUAAAAAUUUAAUAGACCUCCACUAGUCAUCCCAUUUUCAUAUAGAAUCCUAUCAAUAAAAGGAUCUACAUCAUCUCAGAAGGUGGAGGUGUCAGCAUACCAGAUUGGAUUCCCUUGGAUUCAACAGUAUUUUUUAUAAACGAGGAACCCUUCAAGAAAAGAUCGAUGAUCUACGAUGCUUUUAUUAAGAAUGAUAGGAUUUAUGUGGCUUGCGGAAAUGAGGGAAUCGACAUUUAUGUUUUCAAGGAUGGGGUGCUGAAACACGAGAAUGUACAAUUAAGAAUAGAUAAUUCACAUCUGGAUGCAGUGGAUAUCAGUGGUGAUGAUGAAAAUCUAUUUAUCUUGGAUCAUAAUCACGGACUAUAUAUUUGUGAUUAUCAAUUUAAGGUUAAAUUCAGAGUGCCAAUAUUAAAGGGAAGUGAUUUUGGGCAUUACAAUAAUACCUUCUUUAUUAUAGCUGAAUCGAUAACCAGAUAAGAUUAUGCAGUUGAAGCCUUCUUAAACUUUACAGACAAUUCCUUUUACAUUAAUCAUUAUUACCUUGAUGAUAUGCAAUUCUACGAUGUUAAAGUAUAUGAGCAUUUUGCUGUACUGAUUGGUUAUGAAGUCCAUAAAAUCAUUCAGCAUUCUAUUUAUUCUAAUUUUAUCAAGUUUACAAGCAAUAAUUAUUUCGAAUUCCCUUAAAUGUUGUAACUCAAAUCUUGGAAUAACUCUGUCGUUGGCCUAUCAAAAAAACAAAUUAGAUUACUCAAUCUAUCGAUUAUACCUGCCCAUAUAGAGUGUGAAUCCUAGGAAAUGUUCUAACAAUACUAUUUAGUUUCAAGUUACUUUUAGAAUUCAACAAAUCCUUUUGAAGCAACUAAAGUAGAUCAAGUAUUCAAAAUAGUAAUAGAUGACGUAUCAUUACUUUCAAAGGCUAACCUUAUUCUAUUUGUAAUUGCAUUCAUCAUAAUCUUUAUUAUGGUAUGGUUAUUGAUAGUCGGAUUCGUUUGUUAUAGGAAAUGCAAAAAUAGAACUGAAAAGUUAGAAGAGAACAAGAAUUUCUUGACCAAACAAUCUUAAAUAGAUAAGGAAGAUGGUCCUGGUUAAGAAUUGUCAGCAUUAUGA